UUGACUUUCAGUAAUGCAGUAGGAUUUGUGCAGCGUUCAUCGUUUUAAAGCCGAAUGUCUUAUGUCAGCAGGUCAAUAUUUGUCAUAAAAUCUCGCUUUUAUUUUAUUUGGCAACGCUUUAUGAUCUACAUUUAGCUAUAACGGCGAAACUCCACUUUCUUUCUGGAUAUGCAGCUCUGAUAUAGAUUUGUUUACUCGAUUGAUGCCUAAGAUGGCUGUUUAUUAUGUCCAUAGGUUACUGUCACAUUCAGAUGGGUUGGCUCUCAAAACCUAGUGUGCUGCCUACCUAGACAGCGUUUUUGGGCAUCAUGGCUAUCUCACGAGUCUGUAGUGCUCCAAAAAGCUGUUUAGGUAGGCAGCACACUCUGUUUUGGGAUCUUGGGAUCAUGGGACCCUUGGCCCGUCCAGUCAGACGAUGCAAAUAUGUAUAUGAAAUGCCCUAUUCUGCUGUUUAAUGGGUGGAUGUGCUCCAGUUCAGGUGAUGGUGUUCUGUAGGGGUCUAGAGGAUCGGGAUUGAGGUUGCAUAGUUCGACAAUAGCUUGUUAAGUUUUGAUGAACACUCCAUGGAAAGACACUCUGCGGCAGGCAUCAUGACCACAGCUAGGUACCGACCCACCUGGGAUUUGGCCCUGGACCCGCUGGUGUCCUGUAAGCUGUGUCUUGGAGAGUUUCCCUUGGAGCAAAUGACCACCAUCACCCAGUGCCAAUGCGUCUUCUGCACCCUGUGCCUGAAGCAGUAUGUGGAACUUCUCAUCAAAGAGGGCUUUGAAACGGCCAUCAGCUGUCCAGACUCAGCCUGUCCAAAACGUGGACAUUUACAAGAAAAUGAGAUUGAAUGCAUGGUGGCCACAGAGAUAAUGCAGAGGUACAGGAAGCUGCAGUUUGAGAAGGAGGUGCUGCUGGACCCGAGCCGGACCUGGUGCCCGUCCUCCACGUGCCAGGCUGUGUGCCAGCUGAAGGAGUCAGACACGGCGCUUCCGCAGUUGGUGCGGUGCAACGUUUGCACACUUGAGUUCUGUUCCGCCUGCAAGGCCAGCUGGCACCCGGACCAAGACUGCCAAGAGAACGUUCCCAUCACCGCGUUUCUGCCCGGAGAGAGCAGUUCGUUUUUUAAGGCUGACGAUGACGACGCCCCCAUCAAACGCUGUCCCAAAUGUAAAGUCUACAUAGAAAGAGACGAGGGCUGUGCCCAGAUGAUGUGUAAGAACUGCAAGCAUGCUUUCUGCUGGUACUGCCUGGAGUCUCUGGAUGACGACUUCCUCCUGAUCCAUUAUGACAAAGGACCCUGCCGGAACAAAUUAGGCCACUCCAGAGCCUCGGUGAUCUGGCACAGAACGCAGGUUGUCGGAAUCUUUGCUGGUUUCGGCCUCCUCUUGUUGGUAGCCUCUCCGUUCCUGCUGCUAGCCACACCAUUCGUGCUGUGCUGUAAGUGCAAGUGCAGUAAAGGCGACGAUGACCCUUUACCCACCUAACAGCCCGACGAGAGCAGUCCCUGUAUGAGAAAUUCCGGUCAUCUCCUUUAAUCGUUUUUCUUUUCCUCCUCUGCCUUCGAGCUCUUCAUCAACCGGUGGGACUUGUGCAUUUGAAGCCGCAACGCGAGCGAUCUCACACCGCGGUUACUGUCACAGCUAGCUGAGUAGGCUCCAUCCCGGCAGGCCUGAUGAGACUAACGGAGACUUCAUGAGCCUGCUGCUUGCUUAGGUGGAGGAUUCGAGAGCUGGGGGUUCCCUCCACAGUAACAAAAGAGAUGUUACUGAAGGAGCACAGCGCUGUUCCAUCCCAGCGCUUGUCUAUUUUGUGGAUGUUUCGCAUAUGUGGCUGUUCUGGAGGGUUCUGUUCUAAUAGAACAUAUUAAGUGUGUUCAUGUCUGUUUCUAUGUGAAUGGUAGUAUUUCAGUCACACGGCCUGUUCUUUAUUACUUGUUUUGCACAGAUAAGGGGCUUUUUGUCACUUCAAAUGCUCUAGAGCGAGUAGAUUUCAGUUUUGAUUAAAAUUUAUAGCUAAAAUGCUACUUUAAAUGUUUAUUAACUGCUAAAUUUUGCAUUCAGAAUUGUUUUUAUUUUCAUGUCAAGUUAUUGUCUUUCAGUCUGAAACUAUUGACAAACCUAGUUUGAUUAGGCAGAUUUUGGCUGUUAAUGUCUUCAGCAGAUAAAAUUUCUCUCAGUGCACUGAAACGUAAUUUUUAGCCUUGAGAUUGAGUCACUGACCUCCCUAAAGCAUAAAUAUGAUUCCGAAGCGGGGCUGUUCUGUGAGUUUGCAAUGCCAAAUAUUGACCUACUGAUAGUGUCACUCAAACGACACUUUAAACUUUACACCCAACAUUUAAAUGAGAACUGUCAAAAUACUGAAACCAAAUAAAACCUUUUUAAACUUUUUUUUUUUUUUUUUUUUCAGUCCUUGAUCAUUUUCUCCAGUGAAAUGUGACAUCUGGUCAUCUUGUAAUUUUUGUCAGAUAGUUUGAAACUUGCAUACAGUUUGUAUCAAAAAACAUUUUGAAAUUUUGGAACAGUCCGUUUAAUUCUGGCUGGGGUUAUACACUGAUUUCGAGACUGUUUGGCUUAACAUAUUUACAAGUCCAGCACUGUAUCUAUGCAAGUUCAUAUAACUUGAAGAUAAAAAAAAAAAAAAAAAAAUGGUUUCUGCUGUCUUGAACUAAAUGGUUGCUGUGGGCAAGUUAGUGUAUUUUAAUUAAAAGGCAAAAUAUUUCAAUUUAUGUUCAAAACUGAGUCGGUCAGUUUCUGAAAAGCCAUUACAAAUACUAUGUAAAUGAUUUCUUUCAUUUCAUAGACUGAUUUUAAAAUAGAGGUAUGAUACUGAAUGUCAACAUCUUGCCUGCACCACCUGAAAUAGCAAGCAUAUGUUCAAAAACUGUUGCGCCAUGCAACUCAGAAAUAUUAAGAUGAGAGCACCUGCCAUAUGUGUAGCUGGAUAAUAUGUAGCUCAUUAGUUUUCCUUAAAAUCCUUUGUGAGAUUCCCUCAUCUGCCAUUUUUGGUUAAUGUUGUAUAAUGGAACGGUGCCAGAUUGGAGGUUGAUGUGACAAGGUGAAUGUUUUCACAGUAUUCAUAAAGUUGAUUUUUGGUGAAUAUUUGAUGUAAGUCACCGCCAUCAUUUGGUAGCAUUAUCCCGUUUUAGCCUUAAAGUUUUUGAGUACCUCACUGGUUUUCUCUCCUGUAGCUGAGGGCUUUUUUUUUUUUCUUUUCUUCUUUUAUUUGUUUAUCCUCAGGUCUUCUCAGAUUAAUAAUUUUGGCACUUUUAAGCUUGUGUGAUGUUUAAAGAAAUACCUUAAUGCAUAUGUAGUCACAACAUUGUACAUGAAAUGGCCAUGAUGAUACCAUCUCAGAAUUGAUUUUGCUACAUUAUUUUCUGAUUGUGACAAGCAAAAAUCAGCAUGAUGGAUAAAAUUAAAGCACAGCAUCAUUGUCAGUUAUGAAUAGCACACACAUUACUCAGUCCAGCUGAAUCUAAUUGUGCUCAUAUUAUUCAGCAACAUUUGGCUAUUUCAUGUAGAAUCAGAUAAAUGCUUAUAUAUACAUGUAUAUACUGACAAUCGUGCCAAGCAGGUUUUUAUGACAAAUGUUGAUGAGGGAACAUUUUCUGACAGUGGGUAAAUAUAUACUCAAAGCAGAUCUUUAAUGUCGUAUGGGCUUUAAAAAUGAAGCUAAUUAUGUUUCAUUUAUGGUGUAUGUAUAUAUUUUGUUGUAAUACUCCAUUUGGUGUUCUUUUUUUGUUGUAUACAGUGUUUAUGAGUUAUUAGUUGUACAAUAUAAUCGUUUCCUUAAUUCAGGGUUAUCGAAUUUGCGCUUUGCCUGUUCAUUCAGUCAAGUGCUGUUUUUGUUCUCUUUGUUUGGGUUGCGUCAUGUUCCCGUUUGAAACGCUGUUUGUUCCUACAUCAGAUUAGAAAUAAUUGUGGCUUUACAUGUAAACUGGGAAAUACUCCUUGACGUACACUAGAUCUUGCAAACAGCCAAAAACUGUAUCGUUCCUGUUUGUAGGAAUUUGCUUGUUGCACAAAACUUAGCCUUGCAGAUUGGUUUUUAUAUUUCCUGAUGAAACUCCCGUAAGCUCUUAUAGUUUGGAGUUAGAGCAAGAAUUUGGAAAGCAUGUCUUGUUUUGUCUUUUUCUCAACAGUGGUCUGUUUGUAUUGAUGUCAGCCUUUCACUCUUGACAUUUGCCUAUUCCAGAUAUUAUUCUUUUACAUGUUUUGACUUGUACCUCUUUGUAUUUUUAGGGACCUUGUGAGUGCUCCUUGCCAUUGCUUUAAAAACUGGUUUUGCCUUUCACUCUUCCUUAGAUGGCCUUUUUAUGUGUCAGUUGUUUGUCUUUGAUACGUCAUAUUUGAUACGUUUUAUUCUUUGUGAUUCAGAACCAAAUUCCACUUGUACAGUUUUAUGUAAAAUCGCAUGAAUGUGUAAGUCUUAAAGAUAAAAAAGAAAUACAAUUACAAAAAUACUACAUAUUUACUUGUAUUGUCUUUGCCUCUAACACUGUGAUAUUACAAUGUAUUCAUCUUCAUUUUUUUCCCACUAUUAUUUUGGUUAUGUCUGCAUUUGGUUUCAAAUGUCAAGGAAACGGUUUAAUAGACCACUGUUGAAAAAUAUAUCAUUAAAAACAUGGAUUCAAAAAUGUUGUAUGAUGUAAUUUCAUGAUGUGCUGAAAAAUAAAAUUAUGUUUGCCAAAUA